AUGAAAUAUGAAUCAAGGUUGGUUUAGUUCAACAGUGCUAUUAGAGAGUAAAUCAGAGAAAACUAUUAGUUCAGUAAUUAUUGGAAAUGUUUAGCAAAGUGCACAACUACUAUUUUGAUGUGCUCUAUUAGAUGAGAAUAAAUAAGAAAUGAACAAAAUUGUGACUCUACCUUGAUGGCUCGUAUAACUUAAUAAAUGAACUAUGGAGACACCUUUAAGUGUGAUUUAAUGGUUUGGCUAAUUAUCUUUGUAGUUUUGGACAUGGACUUUACUGUAUGCUUUUACGGUUGUUAACAGACAGCUUGAAAUUCUGCUAGAGCAUUGGUCAAAAAGUUAUUCAAGCUAUCUAUAGAAUUCACUUGAAGAAACUAAAGAGUACUGUACAGGUGUUUCACUUUAGUUGAUGACUCCGUAGUAUAGCCAUGUAGCCAUAGCAAUAUAACAAUAUAUAUCAAAUGUAAAUUGGAAUCAUCAGUAUGAGGUUGUGGAGAUUGUUGAGUUUUUGAUUGAGAUCAUGAGUUGAUCAAUGUUAGACCACUAUUGAGACAGUUACCUACCAAAGACAAUGAAAAAUAGUCGCGCAAUUUCGUCGAUUGGUUGAAAUUAAACAUCAACACCGUUGUAUGCCGGUUCAGUGGUUUAGAUGUUAAGCGCUCUCACGCCAAACCGAAUGUCCUGGGUUCUAAUCGUGGAUGCGUACUGCCGAAGAAUUCCAUAGUAGAACAAAACGGUCAUCUAAUGGUUUCAAGCUUUUAAUAGUGGUCUAACAAUGAUCCAUUCAUGAUCUCAAAUAAAAUAGAAUCUUGAAGUCUCUUAUCAAGAGCAUAAUGAUUAAAUGUUCCAUUUUUUAUUCAAAUUUUAAUCAAUUCACGACAUAAUGAAGUAUACUGAUGAGAUGUAAAUAUACUAAUACUAAACAGUUCAACAUGAUUCUUAAUAGACAGCUAGACAAUGUUGAUUUAUGAGGAAAGUGAUUAUCGAAUUUAACUACUGACUUGAAAUAAUUUAACUAUCAGAUAGUAGAUUAGAACCCUGUUUUUUUUAUUUUUAAAAGAAGUUUGUAUGAUUGUGAUUAUGAUGACCAAGUAAUUAAAAUGGGUAAAAUAAAUGAUUAAAGUAUUGAUCAAUUGAGAAUAUACAAUACUAUGAUGUAACUAAGUGAUAACUAUUUAUAAGACUGGAUUAUUUAAUCAAAUAAUCGAAAGAACAAUGAUCAAAGACAAGAAUAUUAGCCAUAUGAAUAGAUUUAUCAUAAUAGUAAUAAAUUAACAUAAUUCUACACUAAAUGAUAAACAUAAGAAUAUGAAUGAUUAGAAGUCAUUUAAAGUAAUAAACAAUUGAAUAUAUAUGUUCUAGCUAUUCGAUGUAUUGCCUAUCCACUUCUUAACGCUAAUACUACUGGUCAAAAUAGAAGAUAUCUACGAGUAACAAAAGAUUAUUUGAAUAUUUUGAAGGAACGUUUUCAGUUGUAUUUACGUGGAGAGUUAGCAAUUAGUAGUGAUGAAGCAUUUCAUACUGCUGUCAAUGAAUUUUUUGAAGCUGUUCUUAACAGUGAUCGUCUUUUAAAUAUGGUUAAAUCAGGAAGUUGUUCCAUGUAUGAUAUUCGAGAAAUUUUUAUUGCAAAUAUUGAAAAACAAUUUCAAUGUAUUCAACCAGUUGAAGGUUUAUCUAAAGAAAGUGUAUUAAAUGCAUGGAAAAUUAAGUUUGAUCAAAUAUGUCGUGGUGGUGAAGGACCAUGUCCUGAAGCAAUGAAAUUAGCUGUUCCACAACCAGAACCAAUAGCAUUAUCUAAUGAACAAUUAUAUGAAUUAUUAAUGCGUACUUUAACCAUUGAAAAGUAUGAACAUCAAAUUUUAUAUAAUGCAUGUCAACUUGAUAAUAUGGAUGAACAAGCGUCUCAAAUCAAAAGAGAACUAUCAGAACGUUUAAUACAAAUUGACAAAAUGUAUAAAGAACGUUCAUUUCCUAAAAUGGUACAUAAAGAAAUGGAGAUGCAGUAUAUUGAAGAAGAAAAACUCAGAGUGAAUGGAUUAAUGAGACGUCUAGAUUCGAUACCAGCUCUUAAAACACAUUCCACAGGUGUGAAUCCAGCUCAUAGACAUUUAAGAAAACACCCUAUAAAAACAAUUUUAUCUAAUUGGCACACUGGUGGGACAAGUAGAAGCAACAGAUCUGUACGUGAUACUGGUUCCGUAACUGAUCUUUGGUCACGACAACUGGAGAUGGAUUCAUCAAGAUCAUCUUUAUCAAUUACAGAUGAUUUACAUUUAAUGAGUGAAGGUAUUCAGCCCUCUUCAAUGUUUCUAACUCAUGAAAUUUCAAGGGAGGCUAUGCAGGUUUCUUCAACAAUUGAAAUAUUGGUUCAUCAAGUCAGAAAUAUUCAAAGUUUACCACGUUCAAAGAAACUUUAUUGUGCUAUAGAACUGGAUAGUACACCAGAUCGGAAGAGAACAGAAUCCGUAGAGGUUAAUAAACCUGUAUGGAAUACAACUGCAGAAUUUCAAACAUCUCAAAUUCUUCCAGUUAUCAAAGUAAAGGUUUUCAAAGAAUGUUCAGGGCCAUUAACACUGGAUGAUAAAGAACUUGGAAGGGUAACUUUUAGUAUAACUUGGUCAAGUCCACGCACCCCACUUUGGUAUAAAUUGCAAAAUACAAAACAUUGUCAUGAUCCUGUUGAAAUACAAAUUUCAGUGUCUAUGCAACGCCCAACUAAUUGUAAAUAUAGUAAUUAUUGUUGGAUUCAAGGUCGUUCCACAUUUAAAAAAUGGAAACGACGUUAUGUUUGUAUCAUACAAAUAUCACAAUACACAUCAAUAUUGGCAGCAUUUGCUGAACAGAAAUCUCAACCAUCAGAAUCAGUUGUAUUAGAUGGAUUUACUGUAGACUAUUGUGAACCAAGAACAGAUUUGAUGAAUAUGGCUGCGUUUGGCAGAAACAAUAAACCUGAACACCAUGGAUCAACCACAUCUUUAACAUCCUUAUCAAGGUUAAGACUCAGUACAUUGGGACGAAUAACAAGUCAACGGCAUGUAGGCAGUAAUCCUCUCGGUGGAUUGGAAUGUGAUUAUUCGCCAAGGUUUUUCUUCAAACUUGUCCGAGAAGGUGACACAAUAAUUAUAGCAUCUUCUGCUGAAGUAGAUCGUCAGAAUUGGAUACAAGCUCUUUAUCGAGCGACCGGUCAGACACACAAACCUACAUUACCAGGAGCAUCAAAUGUCUCAGCCAUAAUCAGUGAUCAAAAGAAAAGUACUGUUGAUAUUGAAACUGGUCAAAAUAAAACAAUUGAUCGAUUCGCUUCAAUACCUAUACAUACCCUUGAUCACUUGGAAUAUUUCAUUAUUUUACAAUCAUCGAGUUUAGAUUAUCGGUUAACUGAUCCAUUUGUUUCACUUGGCUGUUUAAGUCCAACUCAACGAUAUUUAUUAGAUGAAUAUUGUACACGUUAUGGUAUACGUGAAUGUCAACGUCACUUAGCAAUGUUAAUUAAUUUAUUAAAUAAAAUUGAAAAUGGUAUGAGUAUAGAUCCAGAUUUAAUUCAUAUCAGUUAUUCCUUAUGUGCUAACCAUGUUAGCGGUAAAGCUCAACAUGAUCAAGCCGUACAUACAGUGUUAGCAAUGGAACGUGAUCAAUUUCAAAUUAUUAGAACUCGACUGACAACACUUUUAGAAAAACAAAUUACUGAAUUUCGUUAUUGUUUCCCAUUUGGCCGUCCGGAAGGUGCAUUGGAAAAAACAAUUAGUCUGUUGGAAAGAGUUUUAACAAAAGAAACCGGUGAACCAGCUUCAGCUGAACUUGUUCGUAAUGUUAUACGUAAUUGUUUAAGAAAUGCAGCUGUAUUGAACUAUGAACGAAUUUCUGAAUAUGUUAUGAUUGAAGUCGUUUCUGGACCACGAGUUAAAAACACAAAUAAAGAAAGCAGAAAAAUUCAUGAAAUGUAUCAUUUAGCUGAACUUUGUAUUGAAGUACUUAAACAAAAUGAACAACAUCACUCUGAGUCAUUCUCCUGGUUCAAUGAUUUAUUUGUUGAGCAUACAGAGAAUUUUUGGUAUUUAUUUCAAAUGGAUCUGUUUGAAUUAUUGGAUAGAUUACCAGAAGAUUGUUGGGAAGUGUUCGAUUUAUUUCAAUUAUUGAACAAUUAUCUAUUAAACGAUUCUAAUUUAUCUAAUGGUCGAUUUCAUUAUGAAUUAGCUAAUCGUUUUACACCAUUGGUAGAUCGAUAUAUUGGAUUAAUGGCGGAUUCUAUUGAACAAGCAUUAAUAGAGGGAUGUAAGAAUGAACGUUGGAUUCCAGCCUCGAAAUUAGACAGAAAUGAAGGUACAAGUGAACUUCGUAUCAAUAAUAUUUCACAACAUAAAGCUGAGUCUUUAUUAAGUGUUCACAAUUCCUUAGCAUCGUUUACUAAAAUGGAAGAUAUUGGAAAACCCAAUGAAACCUCAUCAAUUAAUAUACCAGCUUUUCACCAUACCGAUAUUGAAUGGAAUUCGUCUAAUUGUUCAACUAAAAAUAUUCAGAAUAAAGAGAAAUCAGCAACACCACAAACAACAACAUCAACUGGUUCAGAAUUAUAUCGAUAUUCAUCGGGUAAUUUCAAUAUGAUUGGAAGUCAAACAUGCCAAACCGUUAUUGAACUUUUAUGGAGAUUAUAUAAAUUAAAAAAAUUUAUUCAUGAAUUAAAUUGGCCUCAAUCGGUUUUAGCUGAAGCAUUGGAUGAAAGGGUGUGCAUACUAUGUGCACAAAUGCUUCGAGAAGUUGUAAAACGUACUCUAAUAGAACUAGAAUCAUUAGUUAGAAAAUGUGCCAAAACUGUGGAUCUAAUUCUUCCAUUAGAAUGUUUUACAAUGUUAAAUACAAUUAGUGAAUUAAGAGCUCAUUUAUUUUCAUUAUGUCAUCCAACUGAUCCAGUAAAUAUGGUAAUCAAUAAUACUAGUAAUAAUAUUACACGAUCACAUCGUCAACCAGUUAGGAAUGCAACUCAAUUACAUAUGGAAACUCAAGAAUUCUUUGAAAGUGUACAGAAAAAUAUGAUGGUUAUCAUUAUUGAUCAUUGUAUGAUUAUUUUAAAUGGUGUAUUGAAGAAGUUAACAAGAUUUGAUGAAAAUAAGCUAUUUUCAUCGAUUCUUGUAUUAACUAAACCAAAUGAUGAAGAAGGUCAAGCCUAUGGAACUUUUCUUCAUAUAAAUUUACAAAAUUUAAGUGAAAAUUUAGUUGACGAAGUUUCUAUGCUUUCUAUGUUAGAAAUAUGGUAUACACGUCAAAUGAAAGCUAUUUACGAUUGGUUAAUUCAACGUAAAAGUAUUCUACUUCAUCCACAUCAAAUUAAAUGUCUUUCAAUUAUUGUUAAAAAAAUUUUCAGUGCCUUUGAAUUACAAGGCUUGCCUAAAAAUGUAUUAAAUACUAUUGUAUAUCAAACAGUUAUUCAAAGAAUUCAGGUUGAAGAAACAACACAAUGUGUUAAAAAAGAAGCUCGAUCUAGUGGAAGUUUAACUAGUUCUACAAAUCGUAAUAAAUUAUUAAGUAAUCUUGGUGAAAGUAUAACAUCAUUCACUGGAAGUCCUAUAUUUCAUCGAUCCUAACAUAUAAUGUAGUAUUAUUUGUUUUUCUUUUGUACUACAGUUAGGAAAACAAGAUAAAACAAAAAAAGUAAACAAUGUUUUGAUGUGCAUUUGAUUUAUUUCUGUAUAGUUUUCAUGAAUUUAUUCAAUUAUUUUAUUGUUAAUAUUGUAAAACAAACAAAAAACACAAUCAAGAUUGAACAGUAAUACACCAAGUCUUUCAUUAAUUAAUUAAAGAGAGAGAGAAAACAAAUUAUACAGAAAUUGUACUAUUUUUCUACAAAAUAAUAAGAGAACAUUAUACAUAUAGAUAUAUAUAAAUAAAUCGUAUGGAUUAAUAUACUACUUUGUUUAUUUUGUAAGUAAUAACUGUAUUUUAUAUUAAACAAAUUGAAUAAUAAUAAUGACAGUUAUAUGUUUUAAAUGAAUAUAAUAAACAUAUUUUUGUUAUAUCACGAUGAGUAAAAAAAUUGUAUUUCUGAUGUUACGCAACUUAAUUUAAGACAUCAUUCUAAAGAAGUGGCUUAAAUUAAGUUACGAAACAUCAGAAAUAUAAUUUUUCCCAUUAUUGGCAUGUGUAAUAAAAAUAUGUUUAUGAUUAAUUCAAUAACCAACUAUUAAGUCUAACCUUGGUGUUGGGACCAAAUAUAUAUAUCAGAUGGUUGAUAAUGAUAUCUAAGUGUUUUCCUUUUACUAUGAGCUGUUAAAAUUAGUUAUUAAUAACACUGAGUUAUUUUAUACGAUGAUUCUCAAUAAAUUUUGCUGUGUAAUAAU